CUGUGCUGGAAUCUUUACCAGAGUGAGUAUUAUGCCUCUCGGAUUCGUUAAACGUUCAAAAAUAAUUGUGGCUGGGUAUAUCGUCUAUUUCAAGGGUUCAAUAUGAGGCGAAUUAGCGCGUGCGCCUUUUAUUCGUUGGUAAUAUUGUUUCAUACAUUUUCACGUUUUUUGGGAGGCGAGAUUUAUUCUACAGCCUCUCUUUUAGAAAUGGAUAAAUGAAGUCUGCUAAGGCUUGAAUUGUAUGUGGAAGCUUUUAAGUCAUAUCUUGAAUGCGACACAAAAAGCGACUGAAAGCUGCUGCGCUCGCGACCGAAACAGUGCAUAUAUGUAGGCUAAUACACCGAAAUAUAUUAUUAUUAUUAUUACUUUACUGACCUGCUUAUUUCCUUCAUGUGUUGUUACUCCAUCAUGUAUUAUUAUUUUAAAGUAUUGUCAGAGGAUUUACUGGUUUAGUUUAAGUGUUGGUAUGGUUGAUGUUUGAUAUUUUCUAAUAUGGUAUUAUAUAAUAUAUGAUUAUCUGUAAACGUUUGUUUUUACUACUGCUGUAACUCAAAGUGUCUAUCUAUCUAUCUAUCUAUCUAUCUAUCUAUCUAUCUAUCUAUCUAUCUGUUUUGAUGAUAGUGGUGAAGUGUGACUGUGAAGGCCAUAAUAUGAUUUACAACAUUUGUAUGAUCAUCAGACCUUUCAGGAAACCCUUGUACCUUAUGGAUGGGGACAUUGCCUUCCUGGAAGAAAUCACUCCUAUGACCUUUUCCUCUAAGGAACAGGAGUAUCCCCUAUCUUGCACAUUUAGUGUGCUGAACCACCUAGUUCAAACCAGGAAGGGCUGUUACUUACUAUAUCUGAUUAGUUGAAUUAGAUGUAAUGGGAGCAGGAAAAACAUUCAAAUGUGCAGGACAUGGGGUACUCUAGGACCACAGUUGGGAACCUUUAAGGGACCAAAACCAUGCCAGUGAAAUGUCCCACACAGCAAAACAGAACCAUUUUCACAGUUCAAUGGUAUAAGGAAAAUGUAAAAAUGAAAUUGUUAUUAAACUCUAAGUAGAAAGCUAUGAAGCAUAAAGGUAAAAAAUAAAAAUAAUAACACAUGGAACAAGAAAAAUAUUUUCUGUACAAAACCACACUGACUUUAUUUAGAUGCUUUUUUGUAGGUUUCAGUGGCUAGUCUUACCUGCUAAAGAAUCUUCAGCUAGGCUGCUCAGUCCUGAUAAACAACGCAGCAGGAAACUGCAGCCAUUCUAAGUAAGGAAGGAAAGGCUGUUAUGUGACCGGGAUGAUUUCUGAUUAACUCAGAAAUGGAUGCUGAUCAUGUAGGUGAUAAAAGAGCAAGACUAUUGGCGUCUAAAACCAGAUGGAGUGAGAUGGAUGACGUAACUGCUACUCAGCCAAUCAUCAGUGCUGAUACAGAAAAGUGUAAUCAAGACAGCAUUCAUCAGAGGCACAUUCACAUUACUGAUAAAGAUGCUAAACGAGAGAAUGUCCAAGAAUAUGAAGCUCAGCAUCUGAGGAAGACUGGCAUGUCUGAAGAUGACUUAGGACUUAUUUUAAAAGAUUCUUCAUCUGGUAAAACGACUUUGAACACUGUGCAAGGAUUUCUUAGUUCAUAUCCAGAAAGACCACCUCUGACCUCUGCCUGGAACAGCUUGACAUCAGGCAUUGUAGGUCAUUCUGGACCACCAAGUACCAUGGAUGUCCUGAACCUCUGGCAGGAUGAUCCAGAGGAGUUGCUAUUGGAUCUGGGCUUUGGUGCUGAGGAGCCUGACAUCACAGUGAAGAUCCCAGCCCGUUUUAUCAACCAUAAGUCCCAGGCCCGCGGCAUCAACAUCCAGGUCUUCUUGGAGGCUCAGCAGAACCGCAUAGAUAUAGAGAAUCCAGAUGUCAGAAAUCGGUUUAGGCAGAUAGAGGUGCUACAGCAGGUCACUACAGCCUUCAAUUCCUUGGUCGGAGGUGUCAUUCCAGAUUCACAGAGACCUGUGGAAUCUCAGCUCUCAGAAGAAGCCAGGGUGAGAAGGAAACGGGUUGGCAUGCUCUUCCAGAAUGCCUCCAAGAAGUCACUUAGCCAACUGGCCAAUUCCCGAGACCAGCAGCCGCUCUCCCCUUCGUUGGCAGGCCAAUCCCCCAGCCCAGAGCUGCCUGGAGAUCUUCCUUUUGACAAACGAAUCCCGCUGAAACGUGCCAGCCUUAGCCCUCUGGUAGAGGAGCAGACCUUAAUCUCAGAAGGAGCUGAAUCCACUGAGACCACAACCCUCCCUCAGGUUAAGGGCAGCAGUCCAAGGGGAGGUAGAGAACUGAAGAAUGUUACAUCAGCCAUCGACUCUGCAAAAGGGAGUACAGGAGUGCCAGCAGAGUCUUUUGAGCUGGAAGAGAUCCAGAGCUUCGAUGAGGGAAGCAUAGGAGGAACCUACACUGGCACUCCUGAUCAGCCAGCUAACGAGCGGGCAUGCCUCUCACGAGUGAGGACAAAUAGCUGUCAGUCUGACAGUAGUGGGUUUUUGGAAGAACCGUUCGUUCCUGCUUACCCCAACCCCGGACAUGAGCUCAUGAAGGUGCUGAAUGCCAUGUCAGGGGAAAGCACGGAAAGCCCACGGAAGAGUGUGGACCUGCAGGAAACAGCAGCCAACUCUCCAUAUACACAGGAUUCUGAUAAGUUGCUUAAACAGACUGAGACCUCUGCAACAGACUCAAAUAUUGAUACAGCAAAGGCACCAGCACGUAUUGGGAUGAUAAUAAGUACUGGAGACACUAAUAGAACAGAUUGUUUGGUAAAGGAGGACAUUGUGCAGAAGGACAUUGUUGGUGACUGUGUGGGAGAAAGUACUACAUUACAGAGAGACUCAUCGGGUCUAUGUGACCAUGGUGCCAAUACCGUACAAAGUAAUACAUUACAAAAGGACACAAUGGGUCUACAUAAUUACAGUGCCAGUACUGUACAAAAUACCACAUUACAAAAGGGCUUACCAGUUCUACACGACUAUGAUGCCAGUUUUGGAGAAAGUACCAAAUUUCAAAAGAACUCACUAAAUCCAUCUCAUGAUGUGGUUGUGGGAGGUGAUUCACAGAUGAAAUCAGAUGUUUCUGUGUUUAAAACAGACUCUUCUUCCACUGACCCAAAAGCAGGUACAGAAAACAAAGUCCCAUACUCCACAGAAGGAUACUGCGGACGUUCUGUCUCAGUGCAAAUGUGCUCGGGCUUGGCCUCCCAGAGUUCUCUAAGAGGCAGUAUCAGCCACAGCUCAUCAACAGGGCACAGUCCCACCAGUGAUGUUCAGCUCAGAAGAGAGUGCAGGGAACAGUCAGACUCAGAUGUGGCUAAUAACUCAGACAAUGCCCAAAGCACAAACACUCCUACAACAAUGGAACACCCAUUACCCAACCCUUGGCGCUCUCAGGAGAGUUUCAAGGGACCACACUCAACAUCUGUCAACAAGGUCCGGUCUUACGAGGAGGACACACGGUGGGAGGCAGCGCUUUGGUCAGGACCUCAGACCUGUGGCCCCUGUGGGCAAAAACGACGAUGCUGCUGCCAGAAUAAGAACAGCGAGGAACAGUACUCUGGUAGUUCAGAACAGCCACUCCCAGACUCCAGUCUGCCUUAUUCCAUGGAGGAAUUGAUAGGCAUGAUGAGAUGUAUGUGGAAGUUCCGGAAGAUGUUGACAGAGAUUGAGGAGAGGCUAGAGGAGGAGCAGGAGACUGUAAAUAGUUCUUUCUCAGAUGAACGCAGGGCAGAGGUGCAGGACAUUCUGAAGCUGAGAACUGCUGUCAAAAAGGAAUCUGAAAUGUUGGAACAACAGCUCAGUGAUCUGGUUCAGGCCUAUGACGACAGCAUGAAAAUGAAGAUGAGCAGACUUUUGGAUGAGCAGUCCCACCUGUGCACUCAGCUGAGGUUUACACCCCAACCUGGACACAUCUCCAAAAAAAGUGUGGGCAUUCAGUGCACUUUGCUGACAGACAGCCCUGAGUCAUGUCUCCCUACACAACUCACAGACGACAUGAGGCUAAUUCACAACAACGAAUGGAGCCAUGGCUGCAAGCCCGACAAGCUGGACUUUGUAGGAUUUAUCAAAAGCUUAAAGGAUGGAUCCAUCAACAAUGAUUCACUGGAAUGAAAAAUUCUUCAACAUCAAGAGUGAGGAAGAUAAAAGAAUCUUGGUGUAGUAUUUUGAUGUGUUAUUAUAAUUUUAUUUUUCAAAUAAAAUUCUGUAAAAUAUUUUAUAAGCUGAAUUAUUUUUUUAGUCAUAUUCAAUGAAAUGUUAUGUAUGUCUUGAAUCCAAGACUCGCAAAAUCAGUCAAUGUAAGAAUUUUACACACGUCUACGGUGUUGGUGGUGUUGCUCCUAAUAAUUUGGAGGCACAGGCCUGUAAAUCCUGAAAUAAAAGCCACUGUCAUAAAUGGUAAAUUAAUUUAAUUACAAAGUAAUUAUUUUUUGGAGGUAACCUAUUUAGGUGAAGACAUUUGUAGUAUAUGUGUAUUAAAAAAUAAAAAAAUGUUUGCCAAUGA